UUCGAUUGACGUUGAUUAUGUGACGAACUUCACACUGUGAAAUAUUUUUUCAAAUCUAGAUUAUCUUCAUUUAUAGGUUAGAUUACACGAAUCAGUUUAUGUGCAUUCAAAGACUCCAAAAGUACAAAACCCGAUUUUUCAUUAGAAUAAUGAGUACCUACACGAAACCGUAACUUGAAAAUCCCUCGAUAGAAACCAAAACAAUGGCUGAUUCAAGAACAAGCGAAAACUGUCGAUUUUUUGUGAAACGAAAAAAAAGAUUUUGCCGUAUGACAGUGAGAAAUGGAAACAAUUAUUGUGGUGAGCACCUACAAGUGUCAGUAAACAAUGAAAAGGAAGAAAGUUUGCACUCGAAAUAUAACAGGAUUUCGUGUCCCGUUGAUCCCACUCAUACUUGUUACGAAUCAAAAUUGGCUCAACACUUGAAAGUGUGCAAUGCCAGGCGUCUUGUAGAUUGUCAGCCUUCGUACAUUGUCAAAGGAAUUAAUCUUGGUAACAUCAAUGAGGAACAACCUGAGCGUGUACCAUUAUCACAACUAGAUCAGAAGCUCAUUGAUUCUGUCAUUCGGAAAGUCGAGACAGCCUACGGUCAGUUGCCAGAAAUCCCUGAAGAAAUUCUGUGUGACACUGUUCUUGAAUCUGAAAUAGCAAACGAGUCUUAUGGACACGGUCUGCGAAAGCAUCUGUUACAAAACGCAUCUCUUUUAAGCCAUUUGAAAAAGGCAGGUCUAACUCAAGACAACACGUGUUUUAUUGAAUUUGGAGCUGGUAAAGGAAAACUCACUUACUGGUUAGCUCAAACAAUACUUGAUAAAUCAGGAUCGUCGGUAUUGUUAAUUGAUCGUUCUAGCCAUCGUCAUAAAAGUGACAAUAAAUUAAAAAACGAGGAAUGUCCCAUUAAUGUCACACGAAUUCGAGCCGACAUUGCUGAUCUGCGAUUAUGUAAUGUGCCAGAGAUUCAAAAUGCCGAGAACAUUGUUGGUAUAGCUAAGCACUUGUGCGGCGCAGCUACUGAUCUAUCAAUACGAUGUUUAGCUGAGCUGCUAAAGGAGGACAGAAAAAAUCGUAUUUCUGGUUUAUUGAUAGCUCUGUGUUGUCAUCAUCGUUGUGAAUAUGCCUCCUACACUGGCAAAGAUUAUUUAGAAAAAAGUGGUUUUGAAAAAGAAGAAUUCCCAAUUUUGUGCAGCAUUGCAAGCUGGGCAACGUGUGCAACUGGCAAAAGUCGUAAUGCUACAGGUGAAGAAAACGAGGAGAAAAAAAAAUUGAUCAAAGAACGAGAAAAUAUUGGACUAAAAGUCAAGUCUUUGCUCAAUUGGGGACGAACUGAGUAUCUAAGGAAUUUAGGCUUUGAAUGCAAUCUCAUUCAUUAUACGACGUCUGAUGUUUCACUUGAAAAUAUGUGUAUGGUUGGUGUUUCAAAAAAAUUAUGAUUUUUUAUGUACAAGAGUAAAAAACAUUUUCUAAAUGUUA